AUGAAGGCGUGCGUACUCAUAUUAUUGGCAGCCCUUUUGGGGAUGUGCACUGGCUUCACUGUACCCCACACGAGUGUCCACCCACGAGACCUGAAGGUCGAACAGCGCAGCAUCGAGGGUAGAAUCACCAAUGGGAACGAGGCGACUGAGGGUCAGGUUCCCUACAUAGUGGGCAUCAGCCUGAACAGCAAUGGGAAUUGGUGGUGGUGCGGAGGGUCCAUCAUCGGGAACACUUGGGUACUCACUGCUGCGCAUUGUACCGCUGGUGCUGAUGAGGCUUCACUGUACUAUGGCGCCAUCAACUACAACGAACCUGCCUUUCGCCACACUGUCAGCAGUGAGAACUUCAUCAGAUAUCCCCACUACGUUGGACUGGACCACGAUUUGGCUUUAAUCAAGACUCCUCACGUGGACUUCUCCAGCCUGGUCAGCAAAAUAGAGCUUCCCAGCCUGAAUGAUCGUUACAAUUCCUACGAAAACAACUGGGCUCAAGCUUCCGGCUGGGGCGCCAUUUACGAUGGCAGCAAUGUGGUGGAGGAUCUGCGAGUGGUGGAUGUACGGGUGAUCUCCGUGUCCGAUUGUCAGGCCUACUAUGGAACUAUAACCGCCACCGACAACGUCAUCUGCGUGGACACUCCGGAUGGAAAGUCCACCUGCCAGGGAGAUUCUGGUGGCCCUCUGGUCACGAAGGAAGGUGAUAAGCUGAUCGGAGUUACUUCAUUUGGCUCCAUUUAUGGCUGCCAGUCUGGAGCACCGGCUGGAUUCACUCGAGUGACCAAUUACUUGGAAUGGAUCCGGGAGGAGACUGGCAUUUACUAUUAACCAUGGUUAAUA